AUGCCACGGAAGCGCUCGAACGCCCCGGCGUACUACGCCGUCGCGAUCGGACUAAAACGGGGCGUGUUCACGACCUGGGACGACGCCAAGAACGCCGUCGACGGCGUCGGGGGGGCGAAGCACAAGAAAUUUUCCACGCGCGAGGAGGCGGAGGCGUUCGUGCGCGAGCACGGUGGGGACGAUUCGGGCGGUGAUGUCGAUGCGGUCGGACACACGGGCCAUGUCCAGAAGGACGGCGACGACGGCGCGCGAGGGAGUGAAUCGCUCGGAGCGACGACAUCGAUCGGUAAGGCGAAAGCGACGGUGAGCGUGCGAUCGCCCGUGAAGGCGUCGCGGGCGCGGGCGCGAGGUGCGUCGACGUCGGCGCGCGGCGACUUGGCGGGCGAAGAGUUGGCGAGCGCGCGGGCGGGUAGCGCGGAGGUCUCGAGCGCGGAUGAGUACGUGUUGGAGUUCGAUGGGGCGAGUCGAGGGAAUCCUGGGGAAGCGGGAGCGGGAGCGCUGUUGAGAAGGAAGCGAGAUGAUCGCGUUGUGGAGGAGCUUUUGGAAUAUUUGGGGAGCGAGCGCACCGUGAACGAAGCCGAGUACGCGGCGCUGUGUCUGGGUUUACGCAAGGCGAUUGAGCUCGGUAUCACGAAGAUCGAGGUGCGGGGAGAUAGUAAACUUAUCGUCAAUCAAGUGGACGGGUCUUUCAAGCUCAAGAGCGAGAAUUUGCGGUCGAUGCAUGCCGAGGCGGUUUCGCUCAAGAAGAAGUUUGCCGAGUUUAAGAUUUCUCACGUCAAACGCGAGUUCAACAAGCAUGCCGAUCACUUGGCGAAUAUGGCGGUCGAUUUUGGGUUGAGUCCGAGCAGAAUGACGGGUGAUAGUUCCGGGUUUGAGAGCGGUGGAGGUGGGUUGGGCGGUGACGACGCCAAGCGACGAAAAACGAGCGGCGAGGCGCGAUGCGGUUCAAAGAUUUUUCACUACUUCCCUACUGCCACAGGUAGCCGUGGAUACUCCGCGCUCUCUCGCGCGGAGCAUUCGGGAGACGAGAAAACCGUAGGUUUAGCCGCGAUGCCGGCGGUCUUUGGUUCGGCUUCGCGGUCGUACUGGCCCUCGUCGAGCGCGUCGGCGCGGAGAUCUUUCAUUGGACUCACUCGUGCAGCCAUGUCUUUAGCGCGCUUGCGGUUGUAA